GCCCCAGACAUUCUCAAGGCCCAGACAGUGAGGUCACAGGCUUUCUUCCUCUAGAAAUUUGUCCUCUCUUCUUUACCUCUUUCUAAAGAGAGAUCUGGAGCUGGGGUCCAAUCCGCGCAAAGUAGAUUAUGCUCUCUGUUUCACUGGCAGUAAAAAGAGGUACCGUAGCAGCAGUGUAGGAGGGUGUUUUAAGGCUUAAACAAGGUAUGGUAUGCAAAAUGCCUGGCUGGGAGACAGCGGUGAGAGUCCAACACACGCUGCGUCCUUUUAUAUCACCUGGUAACCUGGACCUUGUACAGCAAACUAGAUUGUUAUUUCAUUCAACUUGGAGAGGUAUAGGUAUGAAAUAGGCACGAGAUAACAGUGAGUCAUAAUGGCAGGGCUUACACCCAGGUACCCCGGCUGUCCUGCGGGCCCAGCCAUGCAGCAUCCAGGUGACGCGCUCAGGCGUCUGAGUUCAGAACCCAGAAUGGUUCCGGACCGCACCUGCUACAGGGAGAACAUGACAAGUCAGGACUGUUCUGGGGCCCCUGCAGCCGGCUGGGCCACCGAGGGCCACUCCCACAAAGUCCCCUAGCCUGUUUCUUCCUGUGUAAAAUGCGGCUUCGAUGCUUGUCCGUCCGUACGACUGUUUUUUCAUUUUCCGCACACUUUGCAAUGUGGCCACAUAUUCUCUUUCUAAGCCUCGUUAUAGUAGUCAGAUUCACUGCAGUAGACGCAGCGGUCCGACCGGUCUGCCGAGACUGAGUACCCACUCUUGCUGGGGUCCCAAGGAGCUGCCGCCGCUGCUCCGGGCAGUCUGAGUUGUGAAAGUCACUUCACAACAGCCGGGUGGGACUCUACUCCCGCAGAACGUAAGAGCCAAGGCCCCGCCCACCGCCCACCGCCUAGCGCAGGGGCGGGGCCAUGUCUGGGGGCGUAACCAGUAGGGUGGGCGGGGCCAGCUAGAGAAGGCGGAAGCUUACUGUCUCCGGGCGGCGGCAGAACCAGGAGUCCAGAUUUCUACGUUCUCCGGAGCGGGGCGCCGGGAGACGGCGUGUGGCAAAACCCGGCGCCCGGAAGCCCUUGCUUUCUUUGACGCAAAGGCUCGGGACGAAGCAGCCGCCGUCUGCCCAGCGCCGGGCUAGGAGCGACCCCAGACGGAGCCUCCGAAGUCCCUCCGCCCCACAGCCUCGGCCGUCCCCGCCGCCGUCCUCGUGGCCAUGGAGUGUCCGCACCUCAGCUCCAGCGUCUGCAUCGCCCCGGACUCAGCCAAGUUCCCCAACGGCUCCCCGUCGUCCUGGUGCUGCAGCGUGUGCAGGUCCAACAAAAGCCCCUGGGUCUGUUUGACUUGUUCAAGUGUCCACUGUGGAAGGUAUGUGAACGGCCAUGCAAAAAAACAUUAUGAAGAUGCACAGAUCCCCUUACCCAACCAUAAGAGAUCCGAAAAGCAAGAGAAAGCUCAGCAUACAGUAUGUAUGGAUUGCAGUAGCUACAGCACAUACUGUUAUCGUUGUGACGAUUUUGUGGUCAAUGACACCAAGCUGGGCCUGGUGCAGAAAGUGCGAGAACACUUACAGAACUUGGAAAACUCAGCUUUUACAGCUGACAGGCAUAGAAAAAGAAAAUUAUUGGAAAACUCAUCACUAAACAGCAAGUUAUUAAAAGUAAAUGGAAGUACGACUGCCAUUUGUGCCACAGGCCUUCGGAAUUUGGGCAACACGUGUUUCAUGAAUGCUAUCCUUCAGUCGCUCAGUAACAUUGAGCAGUUUUGCUGUUAUUUCAAAGAACUGCCUGCAGUGGAGUUGAGGAAUGGAAAAACAGCAGGAAGGAGGACAUACCACACCAGGAGUCAAGGGGACAGCAACGUGUCUCUGGUAGAAGAGUUUAGGAAGACACUGUGUGCUUUAUGGCAAGGCAGCCAGACUGCUUUCAGUCCCGAGUCGUUGUUUUAUGUUGUCUGGAAGAUCAUGCCUAACUUCAGGGGUUAUCAGCAGCAAGAUGCCCACGAAUUCAUGCGCUACCUUUUGGAUCACCUACACUUGGAACUUCAGGGUGGCUUCAAUGGUGUUUCCAGAUCAGCAAUUCUACAGGAGAAUUCUACUCUGUCUGCAAAUAACAAAUGCUGCAUAAAUGGAGCAUCAACUGUUGUCACAGCAAUAUUCGGAGGAAUUCUCCAGAAUGAGGUCAACUGCCUCAUCUGUGGGACAGAGUCGAGGAAGUUUGAUCCAUUCCUAGAUCUCUCUUUAGAUAUUCCAAGUCAGUUCAGAAGCAAGCGCUCUAAGAACCAGGAAAGCGGGCCAGUUUGCUCAUUACGAGAUUGUCUCCGAAGCUUCACCGACCUGGAGGAACUCGAUGAGACAGAGUUGUAUAUGUGCCACAAGUGCAAAAAGAAACAAAAGUCCACAAAAAAGUUUUGGAUUCAAAAACUUCCCAAGGUGCUGUGCUUGCACUUGAAAAGGUUUCACUGGACAGCGUAUUUAAGAAACAAAGUUGACACGUACGUAGAAUUCCCGCUGAGAGGCCUGGACAUGAAGUGCUACCUACUAGAGCCAGAGAACAGCGGCCCCGAGAGUUGCCUGUAUGACCUCGCUGCUGUGGUGGUGCACCAUGGCUCUGGGGUCGGUUCUGGACAUUACACAGCAUAUGCAGCUCAUGAAGGCCGCUGGUUCCACUUCAACGACAGUACUGUAACAGUGACUGAUGAGGACACCGUUGGGAAGGCAAAGGCCUACAUUCUGUUCUAUGUGGAGCGUCAGGCCAGAGCUGGAUCAGAUAAACUUUAAUACCUCCUCUGACCACAAUUCAACUUUACCGGACAAACAUUUCCAACUUUCCAUAAAUACUUGAUCCAAGAGUUAAUUUCGUUAUGCACUUUUCAAUUUCCAGUUUGGGGUUUAGUUUGGUUGAUGGUAGUGACUUACUCAGUAUGGGCACCACCUAAUUUUUGUUGUUGUCACCAGAAAACCUCAGCAGGCAUUUGGAUUGGCUGCUUUAGUUGUAAUAACUCGAGUUUUAUAUGUAGUUUCCAGGACUUAGUUCUGUUUGACUUUUUAUAUUAAUGUUUUCAGUUGUCACCAAGGCACAUGCUGAGAGCCACCCUACCUGCUGCCUUUCAUAGUGGCCGGCCAGGUCAGGGACUCCAGUGAGGAUUGUGUGCGCAGGACCUGUGGCCCACUGGUCUCACAGUGCCUGCUCAGGAAUUCCUUCUGACUGUAGGUGGUAGCUGAAGGUCAGUAGACCAGGCCAUUGCCACUGCCUGUGUCUCUGGGCUUCUGUUUCUCAGCGUUAAAUAAAUCUGUCAGUUCUGUCGCA